AUGGGAACCAAUUCCAAUCUCUUUUUGCUGCUACAGCUGCUUAGUGGGAUUCAGGAUGACAGUGGCGGUGGCGGUGGCGGUAGUGGUGCUGGUGCUGGUGAUGGUGAUGGUGAUGGUGAUGGUGAUGCUGAUGCUGUUGGUGAUGUUGUUUGUGAUGGUGAGGGCGAUGGUAACGACGUCGACGACAGCGACGGUGAUGGCGACGAUAAUAAUAAAAACGGCAGUGAUGUGGAUAGUGGUGGCUAUGAAGCAAUUAUAUCAAAAAAUGAAGACGUCGACUUUGAAGAUAAUGUUGACGACGAUUCUGAUGGCGACGAUGUAGAAAGAAAGAAGGUUAUUAAAGAACGGAAAAGAAUGGAAUAG